GUAAAUCUAGAAUAUAAUUAAGUUAUGGUUAGCUUCAUGAUAAUAACGUUCGUAGUUGUUUUAGUAUACCAGCCAUAAUUGAAAUAACCGUGACUAGGAAUUUGUGUCGGUAGGUGUUGUUUCUUGUAGUGGGUCUGUUGUGGCCAUCACCUUUGCUCGGUGCCACAACAAACCCACCUACUUCUUCUGUGGUCCCCUGAUCACGAAGUUGGCGCGCCAUUUCGAGAUAUCUUUUGAUGGGUUGACUGACGCAACAACACUGGGUGUUUCCGCACCUCUCAGCCAGGAGAUGCUUCAUAACGCCCUGUUGCUGGCCUCUGAUGGCAGACUCCUGGGUGGAUGAGUUGCCCAUGCCUCCCGACGAGGAUGAGGAAUAUGAUGAUGAGGUCGAGGACGAGGACUACACCGGCGCAGAUGAGGCCGAGGAUGAUGACGAUGAUGAUGGUGCGAUGGACGCUGAUGAGCCGGAGACCCCUCUCUCCCCCCUAGGGGAUCUUCAGCCACGACGGAGACCCGAGCGAGGCCAAUCCUCCUCUGGUCCUUCUGGUCCGUCGAUGGACUUCUUGACGGAGUAGUUCCAUCAGAUGGGGCUCCAGUUUCAACAGCUCGGGGUCCAGAACCAGCAGCUAAUGGACCAUCAGGUCCAGUUUUACCAGUAGUAUUCGGCCCACCAGGCCGAGUACCACUCUCGGAUGGCGAUUUUGGACGAACGUCUCGACCGGAUGGAGGCUCAGUAGUGAGUCACCAGUGCUCGCAUCGAGCGGGAGCGGGAUCGUAACCACCGGAUGAUGGAGUAUCAUGAGCACCUGCUCCAGUCCUGCCAUCCGCCACAGGAGCACCACUGGACUACCCGGUGGGACCACUCACCACCCCCGCCACAUCCAACAAACGGGGUUGACGACC